GUUGGCUCAGUAGCAAAAGACUUCCUGGGAGUGAAGCUAGCAGCAAACUGAGAGGGCAGUCACAACAGAAAGUUAAGUUUGCUCUGGCCUCCAGGUCUUGCCUCUCUGUGCCCUUGUGGCCAGAAUUUCCUGUAAGCACUCCAUCUUGUUUUUGUGCUCCUGAAAGGUGAUUUGCCGCCUGUGUUCCCCUCAGGACCACACUUCACUCUUCUCCAAGCCCCCAGCUCCGGACCACACAGAUUGUCCUCAAAAGAGCCGGUGAGGACACUGGUGACAGGUCACUGCCUUCAGGAAACAAAAUGGAAUCCAAUAAUGGUGGUGGCUGUCCUCAAGGAAAAAAGAAAGAUGAUGAAGAUUCUUUGCAAGGGAAAUUUGACCAUGGGAACUUUCAUUAUGAACAUGCUGUGGGUGAGCUUCUGUCUUCAAACCUCCAGGAGGAUCGAAACAGGAUGAUGAGGGAUGUCCAUGAGAACCCCCAGCUAAGACGGAGCAUGGAAUGCCAUUAUGAACAUCAAGAUAGAAUUCUUCCAGAGGGAGCUGUGACAGCAAAUACAGAUAAUGAAGCCCUGAGGAAAUUGUUCAAGAUAACAAUUCCCUACGGGAUAAAGUAUGAGAAGACAUGGCUAAUUAAUUCAAUCCAGAGCUAUUGCAGUGUCCCUUUCACCCCAAUCAACCUCAGGUAUGUCAGAAAUCAAGUGGAGUUCUUUGUUCAGGAUGCUAGCACUGCCUCGACAUUGGAGGAUAUCAACUACAAGAUUUAUGAUGAGGAAAAUCAAAAGAUAUCUAUCCUUGUUGAACCUUCCACUGAAACUCAUUCUGUGCAGACUAACUUAAAGCCAGAGCAAAUGGAGGUGCUAAUGUUGACCAUGAACAAACGAUAUGAUGUUUCCCAGAAAGCUCUUGACCUCCAGAGCCUCAGCUUUGACCGAGACUUGGUAGGCCAUGAAACUGACAUGAUCUUGGAUGAAAGAAAAUGUAUGACUGCUGCCCUGCAGAUCAUUGAAAAGAAUUUCUCUGAGCUGUUGUCCUUGAAUUUGUGUAACAACAAGCUGUACCAGCUGGAUGGCUUGUCUGACAUUAUAGGGAAGGUGCCCAAAGUCAAGAUCCUGAACCUCUCUGCAAACAAGCUGAGGACAGCAUGGGAAUUGGAGAAGGUGAAAGAGCUGGAUCUGGAAGAGCUGUGGCUGGAAGGGAACCCCUUGUGCAGAACCUUCCCUAGCCAUGCUGCCUACGUAAGGGCCAUCCGGAAUUGUUUCCCCAAGUUAUUACGCCUGGAUGGAAAGGAGUUACCACCAAUUGCAAUUGAUAUGGAAGUCCCCGAGAUAAUAAAACCUUGUAAGGAAAGCUAUAAAGGAUCUGAGACCCUGAAGAGUCUCAUCCUGCAAUUUCUGCUUCGGUAUUAUGUGAUUUAUGACUCUGGAGAUCGACGGGGUCUCUUUGGUGCUUACCAUGAAAAGGCCUGCUUCUCCCUGACCAUCCCCUUCAACUGUGGUGAUCCAUUCAGCUUAUGGGAGUACUUUAAGUAUAGCAGGAAUAUGAAGAAGCUCAAGGACCCAUACUUGCGGAGGCAGCUGCUGAAGCACACAAAGCAUGACAUUGUGAAUUCUCUCAGUGUCUUGCCCAGAACUCAGCAUGACUUCAGCUCCUGUGUGGUGGACCUGUGUUUUCAGACAGAAAUGAUGCUCUGCUUUUCUGUCAGCGGUGUGUUCAAGGAAUUGGAAGGAAAGUCCCCGGGUAUUGUUCGUGCCUUCACCAGGAUCUUCAUCUUGGCUUCUGUCAGCAGUUCCAGCAUAUGCAUUGUGAAUGACAAGCUGAUUGUGAGGAAUGCCAGCCCCAAAGAGACCCAGAGUGCCUUUUCCACUCCCUUGCCCUCAUGCUUCUCCAGCUCUGUGCCCACCCUCUCUCAAGAGAAGAUGGAAAUGGUGAAGGCUUUCUCCACCCAGUCUGGGAUGAAUUUGGAGUGGUCUCAGAAGUGCCUUGAAGACAACGAGUGGAACUAUGCCACAGCUGCGCAGAUCUUUACUAUGCUCCAGAGGCAGGGCAGGAUCCCGGAGGAGGCCUUCAAGCAAAUUCCCUAAAAAGAGCCCUUGGAUAUUGUCUUCAUCCACAUCAUCUUUGUUUCUCUUUUCCCCAGCCUAAGGACAUACCCAUUACUGGGGUUAAAGAUCUGGCUAUCUGGCCGGCGCCGUGGCUCAAUAGGCUAAUCCUCCGCCUUGCGGCGCCAGCACACCGGGUUCUAGUCCGGGUCGGGGUGCCGGAUUCUGUCCCGGUUGCCCCUCUUCCAGGCCAGUUCUCUGCUAUGGCCCGGGAGUGCAGUGGAGGAUGGCCCAAGUGCUUGGGCCCUGCACCCACAUGGGAGACCAGGAAAAGCACCUGGCUCCUGGUUUUGGAUCAGUGCAAUGCGCUGGCUGCGGCGGCCUUUGGAGGGUGAACCAACGGCAAAGGAAGACCUUUCUCUCUGUCUCUCUCUCUCACUGUUCACUCUGCCUGUCAAAGUAAAUAAAUAAAGAUCUGGCUAUCCAAGAUGCCAAAGUUCUUUUGUAGACCCAGUAACAUGACAGUCUAGCAGUCCAGUUGUUCUGUGCAUUUCUCCCACUCAAUAUUGUUGUUUAUUUUUCAUAAUAAAGAGUGACUUCAUAUUAUUAUAUCUUGUGUGUCUCUUCAUCUGCCCCAACCAUUAAACAAUAUGACCAGGAAUGAAAGGCCCUGCAUUUCCUUGCUCCACCUGGCUGUCCCUAACAGAUACGUCAGGCUUGCCUCUGAGUAGUUUGUCACUAAAUCCCAAUGAGAAAGUGCAGCGUGCAUGAAGGAGUGGCAUGUUGUAGUUGUGAUGUCUGUCCUGUGGUAGUGACUUCCUGGGGUUACUCUUUGGAGAU